AUGAAAACAGUGAAGCGGAAGGACUUUCACAAGCUUGCGCAAGAAGAGCUUCCUGAUGGCAUGCGCAUUGGGAGAGUUGAUUCCACGAAGAAUCCCAUACUGAACAAGCGCUUUGGAAUUUUCGGCUAUCCUACUCUUCUUAUGCUGACCGAUGAAGGGAAAGACAUGCGGAGUUACAGUGGCGAUCGCUCAUUCCAAUCGCUUUUGGAGUUUGCCAAAGGAGGUUGGAGAUCCGCUCCCUUGUCAAUGCCUGAGCAUGGCUCAACUUAUACCUAA